GAUCUCAUCAGUCAUCUCCCACAACGCUGCUAUAAAAACAUCAAUUACUCAGCAUAUUCGUACUCUUUUCUCUCUAACGAACGAACACUCGAAUCACUCCAGUGUUUCAGUGACAGGGCGACCUCAUCUUCAAAAAUGCGGCUAUAAAUAUCAGAUACUUGUCAUAUUUGUACUCCUCUCUCUUCAAGAAUUCAUUGAUUGAAUACCCAAAUCGCUCAGUGACAGGUCAUUUAGAUGGCAACGCAGACAGAAUGUCCUGCUUCUACUGUUCCAAGUGCCCAAAUAGUUGGUAAUGCCUUUGUAGAACAGUACUAUCACAUCCUACAUCAUUCUCCCGAGCUAGUUUACAAAUUUUAUCAUGAUUCAAGUAUCCUAAGCAGGCAAGAACCAAACGGCAUGAUAUCAUCUGUGACAACUAUGGAAGCAAUCAAUGAAAAAAUUCUGUCCUUGGAUUCAAAGAACCACAAGGCAGAGAUAAAAACUGCAGAUGCUCAGGACUCUCACCAGGCAGGGGUUAUUCUUUUAGUAACAGGAUGCUUAACUGGAAAGGACAACGUGAGCAAGAAAUUUACACAAACAUUCUUUUUAGCUCCACAAGAGAAAGGUUACUUUGUCCUAAAUGACAUUUUUCGAUAUGUUGAGGAGAAUGAAUCACUGGAGAAUAACUCUACAUCAGUAAAUGGUAUAAAUGAUGCUCCUCCCGCAGUUUUGCCAUCUGAUCCAGAGCCCGUUCAUGUUCCUGAUCAUUCUACAUUUGAUCCUGCAACUACUGCUCCAUCUGAGGAACAGAAUGGUGCAGAAGUUUGUGAUCCUUCUGACAAUGAGGAAGGAUCAGUUAUCGAAGAGGAGGUUGUUAAUGAACCCCAGGCUCAUCAAAGUCAAAAUGAAACUAGUGCUGUUGACUGUUCAGAUCCAUCUGCAGCCCAAGAUGAGAAGAAAUCUUACGCAUCUAUAGUGAAGGUGACUAAGGCAGCUACCAGUACUAUCAUACCCUAUGCUCCAACGCGUAGCACCCAUGUUGGACCUGCAAAAUCUGAUCAACAGGCGGUUGGAUCUGAAAAGCCUUCAGCUGCACAAGACUCAUUGCCUCCAAAUGAUAAUGUUCCUGAAAGUUACGAUGCCCAUGAGGAAGGUUACUCCAUUUAUGUACGGAAUUUGCCUUCAAAUGCAACUCCUGCACAACUUGAGGAGGUUUUUAAGAAAUUUGGACUCAUUAAACGCAAUGGUAUUCAAGUCAGAAGUAACAAGCAGCAGGGGUUUUGCUUUGGAUUUGUGGAAUUUGAGUCAAGUAGUUCUAUGCAAAAUGCAAUAGAGGCCUCACCAAUAACAAUAGGGGGUCGGCAAGCUGUGGUUGAGGAAAAGAGAACUACCACCCGAGUCGUCAGCAGUUCAAGAGGGAGGUACCCUUCAGGAAGAGGUGGGUUCCGAAAUGAAAAUUUCAGGGGCCGUGGCAACUUUGGUGGUGGUGGUGGUAGAGGCUAUGGCCGAAAUGAGUUCAGGAACCAAGCCGAGUUUUCCAUUCGUUCAAAGGGUCCUGGCGGGCGCAACGUGGAAACCUACCGACGUGUGGAUCAGAAUGAGAACGGUCGUCAAGGUGGGAUGAACAAAAAUGCUGUUUCUGCAUAGUCAGAGAGACCAUAACUUAUUUUGCUCUCCAUCUUUUUAUGAACCACCCACCCACCACCUGUUUAUUCUUGUGGAGUAGUGAAGACAAGAUACAUAUGCAGAUGCUCAGGGUUUUUGCUGAGUCAUAUGUUUUUUUAAAAUUUAUUUUAAAGCUUAGUUAAGAUGAAUACUUAGAUGUGAUCAUUGAAUUUUCUUAUGGAAAAUAAUCUCAAUGCAUUUCCUUUUUUCUGUGAAA